AUGUCUAAACAGGGAGAUGGAGAAGAGUCAGAUGGCCGGUUCCGAGAGCUUCAGGAACAGCGGAUGACGGUGCAGAAGAAGACCUACACAAAAUGGAUGAACAGUGUCUUUUCAAAGAAUGGGGUUGACUUGACUGAUGUGUAUACUGAACUAAGAACUGGUGUGCAUCUCGUGCGACUUUUGGAGCUCAUCUCCGGGGAGAAACUGCCCACUUCCAGUCGACGCAGCCUAAGAGUCCACAGUCUAGAAAACAACAGCAUUGCCAUUAAUUUCCUUAAAACCAAGAUCAGAGUAGAUCUGAUUGGUCCGGAAAAUAUUGUGGAUGGAGACAGAACCCUGAUCCUGGGCUUAAUUUGGAUCAUCAUUCUCCUCUUCCAGAUUGGAGCCAUCAAUAUUGUUGAGUGGCGCUCAGCCAAAGAAGCUCUACUGAUAUGGUGUCAGCAUAAGACCGCCGGUUACGCCAAUGUAAAUGUGCAAGACUUCUCAAGCAGCUGGAGAGAUGGACUGGCCUUCAAUGCUCUUAUUCAUGCCCAUUGGCCUGAUCUUUUUGACUACAACCGACUACGGCAAGAUGAUCCAAUGAGGAACCUCACCCGCUUCACUCUGGCAGAGGAUGAGUUUGGUAUAAUGCAGCUCCUGGAUGUGGAAGAUGUCAUGGUGCCCCAUCCCGACGAGAAGUCUAUCAUGACUUAAGUCUCCCUUUACUACCACUACUUCUCCAAAAUGAAGCAGGGUCAGACUAUCCAGAAGAGGAUAGCUAAGGUUAGUUAGCAAACGUGUGUAGUUUUAAGU